AAACAAACAUAAAAAAAUCUAAGCUUUAUUGUCGUGAGCACGAGACUCUUUCACAUGGGGGUCCCCUCAUCCAACAUUUUUCUUUACUACUGCAUUAAGUAAUUUAUGAUUUAUACUGUAGAAUAUCACGAACGGGGGAUCACAAGUAUAAAUUGAGUUUGACUUUGACUUUGUAUAUGUUGUUCUUUUAUAAAUUGUAAUUAUAUCUCUAGAAGUAACUUAUUGUAAAAUUAGUUAGAUAAAUGUCUGACUCAAAUCAAAAGUAUGCGUUAAUAUCGGGUGCUUCAUCUGGUAUUGGAUAUCAGUUAGCAAUUGUAUUAUCUAAGAAAGGGUAUAAAGUUCUUGGAAGUGCUCCAGAAAAGUUACUCUGGGAAAUGAAUCCAUUAAAGGAAGAAUAUGGAGUAAUACCUUUUGCUUGUGAUAUCACUAGUGUUGAAGAAAUUAAAAAGGGGGCUGAAUUUGUUAAACAACAAACUGGUGGUAGAUUAGAUAUUUUAUAUAAUAAUGCUGGAAUAUCUGUGGGAGGUCCAUCAGUUGAAAUUGAUGAUGAUGAUUUAGAAAGAUUAUUUAAAAUCAAUACUUUAGGUCAUAUUUAUAUGACUAAAUAUAUGAUUGAUUUUGUUAUUGCUGCUAAAGGUACUAUAGUUUAUACUAGUUCAGUUUGUGCAAGAUGUCCAUUAUCAUGGGUGGGAGCUUAUUGUGCAACAAAAUCUGCUAUUGAUCUGUAUGCUCUGGUACUUCGAAUGGAAAUGAAACCUUUUGGGGUUAGAGUUCAUAGUGUAAUUACUGGAGGAGUUGAUACUGCAAUUUGUGAUUCUAAUGUUAAAGUUUCAAUGGCUGGUUCAAGAUAUGAUGUACCAGGAGUUUUAGAAAGUUUAAGAUCAUCGGCUAUGAUGUCAAGAGAUUUAAAUAUUUCUGCUGAAGAUUAUGCUAAACAAGUAGUAGCAGUAAUUACUAAAAAGAGUGAUCCUGGUUUUAAUAUAUACCGAGGUGCUCGUUCAUAUUUCCUUCAUUGGGUAUCUAGAUUUGUACCAUUAUGGCUUGUUGAGUAUGGUAUUGCUCGUCAUUUCAAGCAAUUGGUAGUGUUAAGAAACUUGAAGAAAGCUGUUGAUGCCAAGGAUAGGAAGAAGAGAAAGUUGGCAUAGUAUGGUAUAGUAUAGUAUAGUAUGGUAUGGUAUACUAUAGUAUAGUAGUAUAGUAUAGUAUGCGGUUAAUUCUAGUAACACUAAGUCUAAUCAUUAAUGAAAAUCAGUCUAACACAUAUAUGUAAACAGAUUAUAUACACUCUAACCUAGUUAACUUAGGAGUAUGUACACUAAUCUAUCUAAUCUAAGAAUAAUAGUUGCC